UCUAUGGUUGUGGAAAUAGCAUUCUGCUAACCUCUGAUAAAGAUUUGUAAACGAAAAAAAAAUUGAAAUGGGGGAUCAAACAAAUAAUAUGCCUCCCCCUAUGAAUCCAAUGAUGAUACCCCCUUUCGGACCUCCUGGUACUCAGGGUUGGACCGGGGACGAAUUUGAACGACCUCCUCCUAUGGGUCCACCGCCAAUGGGCCCACCACCCAUAGGACCUCCUCCGGUAGGUGACAAACAACUACCUUCUUUGCUUAGUCUCAAAGUUGAUCCUCCAGAGGAGCUUGUAGGACAAAAUAGCGAAGUUGUGUUACCUCAAGUUUUAGAAGAAGUAUUGGCUUUGAAAAAUCAAAGAGCUAUGGAACUUGGAACAGAUGACUCAGGAUCUGGGGCACCAAUCCUCAGAGAAACUCCUGCUGUUCCUGCCGAGAAUGAAAUUAUUUGGGAGAAAGAUGAUACAGUGGAAGAGAAUAAUGAAAAGGGUGAUACCAAGUCAAAUAAAGAGAAUAAAUCUAAUAAAAACAAAAAGAAAAAAAAGAAGAAGAGGAAGAAUAGGAUACAGCCAGAAAAAAAAUUAGAAAAUGGUGAUAAAACGAAUGCUGAGGGAAUGGAUGCAAAGGAAGAUGUAGAAGUAGAAUAUGUCCAAGAAUCUGUAAGUUUACAUGAACUAGCUCCACAAUACCGGCAGUUUUAUCACAUCUUAGAAGCUUUCAAAAUUAGUGAACAAAAGUCAGAUCUACCUCCUCCAACUUUAGCAACACCAACAUUUUUAUCAAGUAAAGCCGGAAUUAUAACUGCUAGUGAUCAGUUCCAAGAAGAUGGAGAGGAUGGAGAUGAGAAAAAACCUGAGGAUAAAUCCAAACUUUCUAAACGUAAGUUGAAGAAAAUGACACGUCUCAGUGUAGCUGAGCUGAAGCAGCUUGUGAAUAGACCAGAUGUUGUUGAAAUGCAUGAUGUCACUGCGAGAGAUCCAAAAUUGCUUGUCCAAUUGAAAGCUCACCGUAACACAGUCCAGGUCCCACGUCAUUGGUGUUUCAAAAGAAAAUAUUUGCAAGGCAAAAGGGGUAUAGAGAAACCACCAUUUAACUUACCUGAUUUCAUUAAACGUACUGGUAUCAUGGAAAUGAGGGCAUCCCUUCAAGAUAAAGAUGAAUCAAAAACAUUGAAAGCAAAAAUGAGGGAAAGGGCAAGACCAAAGUUAGGGAAAAUUGAUAUAGAUUAUCAAAAACUACACGACGCCUUCUUCAAGUGGCAAACGAAACCAAAAAUGACUAUUCAUGGUGAUCUUUACUAUGAAGGCAAAGAAUUUGAAACAAGGUUAAAAGAAAAAAAGCCAGGUGACCUUUCUGAAGAGCUUAGAACAGCUCUUGGUAUGCCUGUAGGACCAAAUGCCAACAAAGUUCCUCCCCCAUGGCUAAUUGCCAUGCAGCGUUACGGUCCCCCACCCAGUUACCCCAACUUGAAAAUUCCUGGUCUCAAUGCCCCAAUACCAGACGGAUGUUCAUUCGGUUACCAUGCGGGUGGUUGGGGUAAACCUCCAGUUGACGAAAAUGGUAAACCCCUUUACGGUGAUGUGUUUGGAACGAACACUAGCCACAUUGAUGAUAUUGGAGAUGAUCCAACUGUAGAUAGGACAUUGUGGGGAGAAUUAGAGUCGGAAUCCGAAGAAGAAAGUGAAGAAGAAGAGGAGGAAGAAGAGAAAGAUGCAGUUCCGGACGAAUCUGGUCUGGUCACUCCGGCUGAAGGUUUGGUCACUCCAAGUGGUCUCACAAGUAUACCGGCUGGUAUGGAAACACCGGAGGCUAUAGAGUUGAGAAAGAAGAAAAUCGAAAACGAAAUGGAUGGAUCGGAAACGCCUGUGCUUUAUCACAUCAUUCCAGAAAAACGAAAUGAGCGUAUUGGUAACUCGAUGAUGGCCAGUACCCAUGUUUAUGAUAUGGCAGCCGUUGCUCAACCUGCCCAGGGGGGCACUAGGCGGGGAUUGGACAAAGAAGGAAUGGUUGAAUUGGCUCUUGAUCCUUCAGAGUUGGACUUGGAUAGCGAUGCCAUGGCGGUACGUUACGAGCAACAGAUGAGAGAAAAUCAGUCGCAGUUGCAGAAAGAAGAUCUCAGCGAUAUGUUAGCAGAACAUGUGGCUAAACAAAAGAACAAGCGCAAGCGACAACAGCAGCAAGACACAAAGCAAACUAAAAAAUAUAAGGAAUUCAAAUUUUGAGGAAUUACAUUAUUUCCUUCCAUUCUGGAAAUUUUAUUAUGUAAAUUAAUGAUGACUUCAGGUGUGAGUUUUGUGGGAACCGAAUAUUUGGAUAUUUUCCGAUGUAUAAAACUUGUGGUUUAGAAAUAUAGUAUGUAUGAUUAAAAUA